AUGUCUCAGCUCAGAGCUGAUUUGUCUGUGUACCGAAGAGCUAAACUUGAACCUAGGGACGUGGAAUCGAUAUGUUUGGAUGUCAAGGACGUCAACAAUAGCCGCUUUCUUGUACGCGGCUGCUACAGAUCGCCAGGCAAAUGCAAUGAGUUAGAAUUUAUGGCUUCGAUGUCCAGCGCAGCCGAACUGAUGUAUAAAACCCGAAAGGAACUCCUUUUCAUUGGGGAUUUUAACCAAGAUAUGUACACGAACUUUGUCGAAAAUCGACUUCCUAAUAAAAAUCUAGUUGAUUUUUGUCAUCGGUUUUGCUUCUUAAAAAAAAAUAACGGAGCCCACACGGGUAACAGAUAG